AUGUUACAUGUCUUUGACACGUUGCUUCUUCCUCAAACAGUGUCUACUUUCGGUGCUGCAUUGGAUAUGGUAACGGACAGGUCCUUCAUACAAGUUUCACAGCAAAAGAUCUUCUCUUCAAAACCCUUGUUUUUUUCUUUUUUUUUUCUGCUUGAGUAUUUUUGCAAUUCAGAUAUAUACUUGAUGCUUUCGCAUUACACCUGAAAAUCAUACGGUACAGAAUAUAACUUGUGGCUCAAAUAUCCAGGGUCAGCACAGCUUGUUUACUGGUAAUCCUUUCACAUAUCUACAGGUGAAAAGUAUUUUCAUCAUAGUAAUACGUUACAUCCAUCUUGUCACAUACAUUACAUCUCUGUCAAGUGGUGUAAUCUUUCCUUUCUGUGUUACCACAGUCCUGGUCUGAUCUUCCUCUCAUUGCUUGCCUUGGACAUUGCCAGCCACUGGCUACAAAUGUACAGGUAAUCCUCUUCCCCUAACACCUUGUUUAUGGCAGAAGCGGACUUGAGCUGUUAAAUGACUUUGUUUGAUGGUCAUUGCAGCACUUUACUCUCAGGCAGGGCUAGUCACAAGGAUAUAGAUGACUCCUCCCACUGGCUUUUGAGGGCAUACUACAGGCAUCGGUUACUCAUGGGCUUCUGCUGUGUUGGGUCUGAGGUAAAAGAUUCGGCUUUGUUUCAUCUCUUCUCCCCCUUUGACUAAAGCAAGAUUUCAACAUGCUAGGUUACUUACAUCAACUUAUUCACUCUUGCUGGAAAGCAACCUGAAAGUGUGGUCAAUGUAAGCUUCUUUCUCUCACUAGACUCUUAUUUCUAUUUAAUUGAUUAAUUGAUCAUUGGGCAUUGUUAAAAUCCCAUCUUUUUAUGGCAUUUCCUCUCUAGGUUAUUGCGAAUGUAGUGAAGCAGAGGCCUCCUUUCGUUGUUCCAUUCAUGUUGGCCCUCUUGGGUGAAGCAAGCAAUUAAUGCCUUGCAGGUAAUAUAAUUUAUGCAUCUAUUGGAAUUCAUUCAACUCAGAAGAACAGUGCUUUCUUGGAUGGCAUUCUAUGCCAUGCCAGCUUUUGCCGAUCUCAAUUUAGGUUAGGAUCAGACCAAACGAUCGAUUUAUCUUUAAUUGUGCAAGAAGAGCCCCUUAAAGUCCUGUAGGAGACGAUGAAGAACACACAAGCAGAGAGAGAGAGAGAGACAGAGAGAGAGAGAGAGGGAGGAAGGGAGAGGGAGGGAGAGAGAGAGAGAGAGAGAAUGGCACAGAAGAAAGAUUAUUGUGUGCUCAAGAUCAACAGCCCCACUGAAUCUGCAAUGCAAAAGCGAUCACAUAUUCCCAGAUGGAAUCAGCCCCUUGAUAUAUAAAGAGGUUCUCAGAUCAGCAUUCUUCACAACAAAAAGCUUCUUACAUCCUUGUAUAUUGA